AUGGUUUCCGACAGUUCUUGACAUUAAGAAUUCGGUUUUGAAGUCAGAUUUUGCUCACUUUUCGAGCAACUCUUCGAAAGUUGUGCGCUUACCCAGAAAUGUCUGAAAAGUGGGAAAACGAGAAAGGAAAUUUUUCAAAGACUGGUAAACUUUGCAGGUGUCAACCGCAUCGUACGGACCCACACUUCCGCCCGUCAAAUCCUUCUCGGCGGCCAAAGUGCUCGAGUUUCUGCAAGAAGAUCUGAAGCGAAAGAAAGAGUCAAAAUCGAAGAAGAAGGAGAAAAAAGAGAAGAAGUCGAAGAAGAAGAAGAAGGAGAAAAAGAGCAAAAAGGAGAAGAAGAAGCGGAGGGAUUCGAGCGACGACGACGACGAUUGGGAGGAGAAGAAAUGA